AUGGUUGCAUCAAGACCACCAGGUGUCCUUACAUCGAAGAUUGAGCGCACACCGAGCCUUACCCCUGGUGGCAGCUCCAGAUCCAAGGAGGAGAAAAUAUUUGUCACGGUUAGGGUGCGACCAUUGAGCAAGAAGGAGCUGGCCGUCAAGUACCAGUCUGCGUGGGAAUGUGCUAACAGUCAAACAAUUACAUACAAAGGCCCCCCACAGGACCGGGCUGCACCUACCUCUUACACUUUCGAUAAGGUGUUUGGGCCGAGCUGCCAGACAAAUUUGGUUUAUGAAGGCGGAGCUAAGGAUGUUGCUAUGUCUGCAUUGACUGGCAUCAAUGCCACCAUUUUUGCCUAUGGUCAGACUAGCAGUGGCAAGACAUAUACCAUGAGAGGCGUGACAGAGAGUGCUGUUAGUGAUAUUUACAGGCACAUGGAAAAUACCCCUGAGAGAGAAUUUGUUAUCAAGAUAUCUGCUAUGGAAAUCUACAAUGAGAUUGUGAAGGAUCUUCUACAACCUGACUCUGGUUCCCUUCGCUUGUUAGAUGAUCCCGAGAAAGGACCCAUCGUGGAGAAGUUGGAUGAACAAAUUGUCAGGGACAGAGAACAUCUACGGCAUCUAAUCGGCAUUUGUGAAGAACAAAGACAGGUUGGGGAGACUGCACUAAAUGACACCAGUUCACGUUCCCACCAAAUCAUUAGGCUGACAGUGGAGAGUAGGCUCCGCGAAGUGUCAGGCUGUGUUAAAUCUUUUGUUGCUAGUCUAAAUUUUGUUGACCUUGCUGGAAGUGAAAGAGCUGCACAAACACAUGCAAUUGGUGCAAGACUGAAAGAAGGCUGCCAUAUAAAUCGCAGUUUAUUGACCUUGACUAAAGUCAUCCGGAAGCUAAGCUCAGAGAAAAGAAGUGGACACAUACCAUAUCGAGAUUCAAAGCUCACACGUAUUUUGCAACUUUCUUUGUGUGGGAAUGCAAGAACAGCCAUCAUAUGUACCAUGAGCCCAGCCCUGACACACGUAGAGCAAUCUAGAAAUACAUUAUUCUUUGCAACAUGCGCCAAGGAGGUGACAAAUACUGCAAAAGUUAAUAUGGUUAUUUCUGAUAAGCAACUUGUGAAACACCUUCAAACGGAAGUUGCUAGGCUAGAAGCAGAACUAAGAAUCCCUGAUCGUGCUGGCUCUUCAGAGAUCCUCAUAAUGGAGAAGGACGAGAAAAUCAGACAGAUGGAAAUAAAAAUGGAAGAACUCAAGAAAGAACGAGACAAUGCCUGUUCACAACUUGAAGAACUACGAAAGAAGAUGGGUGACAACCAGCAAGGAUGGAAUUCUUUUGACUCAUCGCAAAAGGCCCGAAAGUGUCUCACAUUUUCUGGGUCACUACAGCCUAGUAAAAUGAUCAAGAUAAGGAACUCAAUUAGACAAUCGUCCACUGCUCCGUUAACGCUAAAGCAUGAAAUUCGCAAGCUCGAGCAGCUACAACAACAGCUUGAGGUUGAAGCAAACCGAGCUAUUGAAGUAUUGCACAAGCAGGUUGAAUGCCACAAGCAUGGCAACCAAGGUGUAGCAGAAACUAUCGCUAAACUUCAGGCAGAAAUCAGGGAGAUGCAAUCUGUGAGACCUGAGAACAGAGAUGUUGAGAUGAUUACAGAUGAGGGAAAUGGGUCUGAUUUGAAAGAUGAAAUCAGUAGACUUCAUAUGCAAGACAAUGAUAUUGCCAAACUUGAGGCGAAACUGGAAAAUGUACAGAGGUCUAUUGAUAAAUUGGUGAUGUCACUUCCAAAUGUUAGCCAACUGAGCUGCCCACCGUUUACGACUGGGAGCCUGUGA